AUGCCCAGGCUACAGCUGCUCCCCCACAAAUCGUACCACCCAUAUAAUGAGAAGAACAAGCAGCGUGUGAGGGAGGACGAGGCCAAGGCCCGUGCCGAGGAGCUGGAACGCGAGCAAAAGGCCAUUGAUGCUGUGGGUACUCAUCUAGGCGGAUUUCUAUUGACCCAACAGGAAUCUGAAGCUCGCCUGAACGUCCUGCGUCGCCGAGCCGGCUCGCCACAGGCCAGCGCUCCGUCGAGCUCGUUCAGCGGCGAGAGCUCACUGCUCGAGCGCCAUCGCCAGGAGAAGCACCGCGAAGAGAAGAAGGAGCGAAAGCAGAAAGCGAGGCUGGACUUUGACUGGCCGAGCGAGAAGAAGGUAAAAGUGAGGGACAGCGAACGUGGUCACGAACGGCGAGAACGCGACGACGAGGAGGGCAGUGGUCGCCAGGAGCGCACCAUCGACUUUCAGACUGCCGGCCACCUCAACUUCUGGGCCGACCUCGAGAGUGGAAAAGGUGCACCUGUUCCGGCACCACCGACUGCCGCAGACCUCGAGCGGCGCAAGGCCGAGCAAGAAGCAGACAAGUUCACCGUCUACCUCUCCCGGCCGGACCGCGAGACCAAGCCGUGGUAUUCUGACCGCGACCUGAAGCGCGUAGAGGACAAGGAGACUGGCGAGCGGGCCGAGGCGCGACGCGCUCGUAACAAGUGGGACCGCCACGACCCGCUCACGAGCAUUAACCGAGCGCUGGCCACCAAGCAACCGCCGCCAACGGCGUCGACCCGGCCCAGCCGACCGUCGGGUGGCCAGAGCGAGCGUGAGCGCGCCCUCGCACUGCUAGCUAAGCGCGAUGCAGCGGCGGGGCGCCCGUCACGAGCGGGGUGGGAGACGCCCGAUGCCUCGUGGUCGGACGACUUUGAGCGACGACAAGGGAAUGCGUCUCAGCGCUUCAGUGCCGGUGGCACUGGUGUCUCUGCGUGUGGUGUCGACCUGUCCACCAGGCGCAUAGGAGACGAGAGUGGAGAUGAGGUAUGGAUCAAACAACACUCUAUGCCAGCCAUCAACGAGACCGGACGUCCACCCGUCCGAUACAGUCACGGCCGUGUGCCCGUCUCUGAUGAUCGGAGCGCCUCUCAACUCGCAAUGAAUGAAGAACAGAGUGGAAUGCUGGAGCCAGAUUACGAGGGACAUUGGGUCACAUGUGUAUGUAAAGUGCUGUCUAUUACUCGCACACAAUGUUUGGGCACUGGCUAG